AUGAAGCUCUUGACACAAGCUGUCUGUGCACUCUAUUUUUUGGGCACUUGCGAUGUGUUGCACGCUGACCUCCUUGAUGAGAACAUAUUUGUCCAUCACAAGCACGCGCAAAGUGGACAGCCCGACUUCUACAUAGCCGACUUCGGAAUGGCGCAACGAGGCCCACUAACAGACCCUUGCAGCGGUGGGAAGAUGCUUUCCGGCUUUGUAUGGAAUUGGAAAAAAUGGUCUCCGAUUACUGCUGAGAAGGACGUACUCUGGAAGUAUUUGGAUGGUGUUGUGCACCCCAUUCUUCUCAAUUCAGCCAACAUGCCGAUUAACCAUCUUCCUGAUCUGGUACCGUUGCUCGAUGCCCUUCAGCAGGCGCUCGAGGGCCCAUCACCACCAAGCGUUGGGUCCGGUUUCGUGUCACAAGACCCGUUUAUGCCACCGUACAACGACUCCGAGCAAGACGCGUUGAACGCGGCCGGCGUAGCUGAUCCAUGGCAUCUGGCACAGGUAAGUAUCGAUAUCUGGACGACCCAUGUGACAAUUCUUCCCGUGAGUGCUGAGUCCUACGACAAUGCGCCCAUUAGGGGCACGGCUCUUAAUUCAACAGUGCCCGAGAAGAUUGUCCGAGUGAACAGCUAA